AUGCUGCUGGGAGAUCACCUCAGUCAGCAGGAGGAUCAGGCACAUAGCAAGCCACAUGUCAAUGUCAGCAAUUGCCACUACCAUUCUUAUUCUUAUCAUGAUACUACUCUAAAUGGCGGCAGGGAGAACUGGAGCCGAGCAGCCAGAGCCACUGCUGCAGAGGAGCCGGCCCAGCCUCGGAGCAAGCGCACUCUCCCCGCGCCUGUCUUCUCAACCCCGCACCUGAACACACUGUGCUGGGGAAGAAAUCAUCUCUUGGUGAUGUCCACUGAGAAAAUGGAGCCAUUAGAGCUCUCAGAAGACAGGCUGGACCAGCUCGACCCACGUUGUAGCCACUUAGAUGACCUUUCGGACCAGUUCAUUAAGGACUGUGAUCUUAAGACAAGAAAGGGAAAAAAUGGGCAAGUCACCCUGAAUGUUGAAUCAGAUAAGAAAAAACCAAGAAGAAAAGAUACACCAGCACUACAUAUCCCACCUUUUAUACCAGGUGUGUUUUCGGAACAGUUAAUUCGAAGAUAUGAUGUUCAAGAGAGGUACCCAAAGGAUAAGAAUCCUGCUCUUCAUAACACUGACCUGGAACAGAAAAAACCAAGGAGAAAAGACACACCUGCUCUGCACGUGUCCCCCUUUGUAGGAGGUGUGACACUGCUCCGGGAUGAGAGACCCAAAGUGAUCAUGGAAGAUGAGGAGAAGGAUAGUGACAAGAUACCUAUUUAAAGCUAUGUCCCCUGAGAUCACAUGUAAAUAGGUUAGAUUGGUUCCCAAUGGUGACCUAGGGAAAAAAUAGACUUGGUUCUGCUCCCUUUUUGAAAGUCUGCCUUUGAGAUCUGGAUUCCUUUUCCCCCAGGAGGCAUUCUGUAUCAGAUUGCU